AUGAGUUUAGUUUACGUAUUUGGUAGUGGAGAGUGCGAGCAAUUAGGUAAUUCUUUUAUCUUAAAUUUACUUUAAACAAUAGGUCUUGGAGAUGAUCAACCAUUGGAGAUCAAGAAACCAAGGAGAAUUCCUAUCUUUGACAUGGCAGGACUAGUAGGAAACAGAAUCUUGAAGGUUGUAUGUGGCGGGAUGCACACAGUUGCCCUCUCUAAUCAGGGAAAAGUCUAUACUUGGGGCUGCAAUGACGAGGGCGCUCUCGGCAGAUAGGGUCCAGAAAACACUCCUCUUGAAGUAGCAAACACUAUCAACGUUCCAAUCACUGACAUCACUGCUGGAGACUGCCACAGUAAUGCAAUGACAGGAAGAACAUAUGAGCCAGUGAAAGAGCCAACAAGAAUCGGCCAAGAACUGUUUAAUAAAUCAAAUAAGACUUAUAUUCAGAAAGUGCAGAGUGGAGCACAUCAUACAUUAGCUUUGACUACAGAUGGCGAAGUAUAUGGAUGGGGAGAUCCAGAAAGUGGGAAAAUUGGAAGAAUGCUAAAGACUAGAAACAAGAACGAACAAGCAUUGAGAAUAGAGAAAAUUCAUGCAAGACAUGUAAAGGAUAUCUAUUGUGGAAAUCACCACUCAUUUUACGUCAAUAAAGAUGGAAGAGUGUAUGCUUGGGGUUUAAAUAAUCAUGGCUAACUUGGAGUUGGACAUAAAGAGAAUCUCUGCACUCCAGAGCAUGUCCCAGAAUUAGAUGGUCAGCAUGUGACUUUUAUCACAGGCGGAGAGCAUCAUUCAAUUGCAGUGACUCAGGAAGGAAAAGUGUAUUGCUGGGGAAGAAACGAUGAAGCCCAGUGCGGUCUUGGCGAUUUAUAUGGAGCCUACAGAAAGAGAAAAGCUCAGGAGGAAUAUGAGAGAAUGAUGAAGGAAGAGGAAGAAAAGCAAAAGAAGUCAGAACUAGAAGCAUAAUAAAAGCUAUAGCAAUAGGAUGCAGUCAUGAAUGAAGAUAAAAUAGAGCAAUAGAAUCAAGAAGAUGGAGCUAAGCAAUAAAUUGAGCAAUCGCAAAAAGCAAAAUCUGGAGGACGCAAGAAGAAAACAGCCGAGGAGAAAUACGCUGAAAAAGAAGAUGAUUUAAUAAAUAUUGGUUAUUUCACUCAUCCCCAAAUUGUACUCGAUCUUUGGGAUGAUAAUGAUCAAACCAAGCAAAUCAAAAUUUCAAAGGUGUUUGCAUCUGGUAACUAUUGCUAUGCACUUUAAGUUAGUGAUGAGAAUAAAUCAAACUAAAUCUAUUCAUGGGGAAUGGGUUCUAGUUAUGUACUUGGAAAUAGAGAUGAGGAGAAUGAGUACAAACCAUACAAAGUCCAUCCAAAAAUGUUUGAGGAAUUCCCGGUAAGAGAUGUUGGUCUUGGCACUCAACAUGUCGUAGUUUUAACAUCUAAUGAUCUCAACAAUAAAUAGAUACCAGAAUUCGAGCCAGAGGUAGCUAAUUUUGUAAUUCCACCAGAAGAGAAAAAGAAGCCCGCUACUCCGAAAAUAGUUAAGUCUUAAAUUGAUAACAAUAAAAAGAGAUCCAGAGAAGAGUUUGAAUAGCCUGAAAAGGAAGAAAAGAAAGCAUACGAAGUUGAUGAGGAAAAGAAGGCUGAACCAGUCUCCCCUUUGGUGCAAGCAAAGCCAACCACUACUCCAAAGAAGUAGGAUAUUAUCUAGUCUUAAUAAGUGGAGCUUAUUAAGGAGCAAACUUCAAAGCCAGCUCAAAAGGAGAAGUCAAAAGUGAGAAAAGCCCCUGAAAGUUCAUAAAAAACUGCCAACAAAUAAAACAAGAAAACUGUAGCUGAGGAAAAACCUAAAAAGGAGGAAAAGAAGCAAGCAUCUGCUGGCAAGACAUAAGAAACCAAAUAGAAGGAGAACGAAUAAGCUAAGCCUAUAGUGUAAGGAGAUGCUAAGAAGAGAAAGCUGAAUGAUGGCAACGCUUAACCAAAAAAAGUCCAACAAAAAGAGGAAAAAGUAGAUAAGAAACCUGAAGCAAAUAAAAAAGGAAAAUCAUAAUAAAAAGAUGUAUCUCCUGCUUAAAACAGAGUAGCUAGCAAAAGUACAGGUAGAAAGGCUAAAUGA